CCGGCCGAUAUGAGCUAAUUGCAUUUAAAUCGGCAUCGGCGUUUAUAACGGCCGAUGAAACAUGAGAAACAGAGUCUCAUGCUUCACUCAUGUUAUGAGUGUUGCAUAGUUUGCCCACCAGAGGGAGCUCUGCAACUCCCCAGUUGACAACAGCGCCAGAAAUCCACUACAGAAAAAAGCUAUCAGCCGAGCCACGGAGAUGUACUCUUUUGACAGUGAUCCAGCAGCGUGAGCACUAACAGGCGGUGCGGUCUCAGGCUCCCAGCAGGUGAAAACAGCAGGAAAAUACAUUAGAGAUGAGUGGGGAGUCGAAACAGGGGGUGGUGACAACCCCUCCGCCCCCCAGCGUGGGGAAACGGGAGGGCUACUUCGACCGCAUCAAUGAAAAUGACCCCGAAUACCUGCGCGCACGCAACAUGUCACCUGACCUGCGACAAGACUUCAACAUGAUGGAGCAGAAGAAAAGAGUCACACAGAUACUACAGAGUCCAGCUUUUAGGGAUGAGCUAGAGGGAAUGAUCCAGGAACAGAUGAACAAGGGGAAUAACCCAACAGGACUGCUCGCUCUGCGGCAGAUCGCAGACUUCUUCAUGGCCAGCUCCGUAGCGGGCUUCUCCACAUCCCCCCUCAGUUUGGGCAUGGUGACCCCAAUAAACGACAUGUUCAGCAUUGAGUCCAGUACUAUGGUGAAGGGAGAGAAACAGACCCGCUGCAAACUGGCCAGCCUCUACAGAAUAGUGGACCUGUUCAGCUGGGCCCACUUCACAAGCUGUUAUAUUACAGUUCGUGUCAGUAAGGAGCAGGAUCACAUCCUCAUCAUCCCCAGAGGGCUGUCCUUCGCUGAGGCCUCUGCGUCCAAUCUGGUGAAGGUGAACAUUCUCGGUGAUGUGAUCGAUCAGGGUUCCACCAACCUGCAUAUCGACCCGGCCGGCUUCAGCCCCCACGCUGCCAUCUACUCCAUGAGACCCGAUGUGCGCUGCAUCAUCCACAUACGCACACCGGCCACUGCUGCCGUGUCGUCUAUGAAGUGCGGCCUGCUACCCAUCUCUCAAGAGUCUCUGAUCCUGGGAGACAUUGCCUACUACAACUACCAAGGCAGUCUGGAUGAGCCGGAGGAGCGCAUAGAGCUCCAGAAAGCCCUCGGACCGUCAGCAAAGGUGUUGGUUUUAAGGAAUCAUGGGGUUGUAGCUCUCGGGGAGACCAUUGAAGAGGCCUUUCACUACAUUUACAACGCUCAGUUUGCCUGUGAAAUUCAGGUGAAUGCGUUCUCAUGCGCUGGAGGAGUGGAGAACCUGAUCGUGUUGGAUCUGGAGAAGUUUAAACCUCGUACACAGGGGGUGGCAGAAGCCGGGGUCAACAUGGGAUCUCAGCACAAGUGGAGGCUGGGAGAGCUGGAGUUCGAGUCGCUCAUGAGAAUGCUGGACAAUCUGGGUUACAGGACAGGCUACACGUACCGGCACCCCAUCGUGCGGGAGAAGCCGCGACACAAGAGCGACGUGGAGAUACCGGCAACAGUGACUGCAUUCAUGUUUGAUGACGACGACACUCCACGUUUCCCUCUGAAGUUGCUGCAGCAGCGACAGCAGAGGGAGAAAACACGCUGGCUCAAUUCACCCAACUGCUACAUGAAGGUGAACGUGUCGGACGGGGCUAGCGAGGACAACGGACGCACCAAGACCAUGUGGAUGAAGUCAGAUGAUGGUGGUAACACCAGCGGGACUCCAAUCCGCAUUGAAGAUCCCAACCAGUUUGUUCCUCUGAACACAAACCCCAGUGAAGUUCUGCAAAAGAGAAAUAAGAUUCGCGAACAGAACCGGUUUGAUAUGAUGACAGCAGGACCGCAAUCACAGCGGCUUGCAGGGAUUGUGGUGGAAAGACCGCCGGGACAAUCGCCAGUUAAGCCAUACAUGGGCGAUGAUGAGGAACAGACGGGCCCUCUUCCUCCAAACCCCUUCAGCGAGCUGAGCGAGAAAGAGCUGGACAACUACCAGAAGAGAGUAGAACGACAGCACCACGGAUUAGAUGAUGAAGAGCAGCUCACGUCAGACGAUGCUUCCACACUCUCUCAGUCAGUGUCCCAAACUCAGUCUCCUCAAAACACUCCAGCUAAAGAAGAGAACCACACCGGCGUGAUGCUGAACGGUAAAGAUGACCACGGCGACGAGGAUGAGCUCAUCAAGCGUGUGAGCCAGCUGACCACCAGCGUGGAAAGCGUAGAGAUCAACGUGCGCUCGGGAGAGAAGAUCGAAGAGGCUCUGACACCCGAGAGCUCUCCCUCUAAAUCGCCCAACAAGAAGAAGAAAAAGUUCAGAACCCCGUCCUUCCUGAAGAAGAACAAAAAGAAAGAGAAAGUGGAAGCCUAGAGGAGAGAGAGGAUCCAUGCCCACUUUGUCUGUCUUUCUGUUUGUCGUUGUAUGUUUUUAAGUUUGUUUUUGUUAAGGUUAUGUAUGACAAAAACAUGGCACAUUUUUUGGGGAGUCGGUGAAUAGAUGGAGUAACAUCCGUGCCAUGUUCACGUGAUCAUAAGAUGAGUUUUAUACAGGAAGAGAAGCGAGGGAAACUCCUGGGAAACUGGCUCCUCUCACCUGAUAGACUGAAAAUGUUUCUGUACACAGUUUCCUGAUGAUUUUAUCUCAUUGAUGAGCCCAUACUGCAUUAUUUUUUCACAUUGUAUGUUUAUUAGAUUAUCAUACAGACCUUUUAUGAGCCCCUUUUCUAUCCGCCACAUCAUCUCUCAAGGUGUCAGUUCUGCUCGUUUCUCCAGCUGUAGGUGAACGGUAGGCGUAAUUGGUUACACUACACAGGAGACGCUAAAGAAUCACACUGGAAACCGUUCUGGGGUUAUUUUAACAGGGUUUGUUUUAUUUUGUUUCUCUCAGCUGUGAUUGUCGAAGAAAUGGGUGUGAAAUUGAACAGCACGUGUGACGAUCCUGUGUAGAGCCGCUCCAGUCUCCUCUCCGUACUGUUCUUUGCCAAACGAAAAGGUUUAAAAGCAUAAAAAGCAGAGCAAUCACGUUUUAGUGAACUGUAAUCUUGGUAAUUUUGGUUUCGUGAACAUCCACUCUUUAUCUCUAAUGAAAUAAUUUAGCUUUUUUUUAAUUGAAACAAUUUAGGUUUUAGUCAUUCAGUUUUGUACUCGUUUCUAUACUUUAACAACGAAAAAAACAAAGUCUUGAAGCAUGUUUUGCUAGCCUGAAUUUAUAUGGCUGAUAAUGUAGCGGUGCCUGACUUCUCAGUCGUGUAAUAGCUCAGAUUACUAAACACAUGUAACGAAAAUAUAUGAAAACUGGAGUGAUGUUAAAGAUAUAUAAAUAUAUAAUAUUUUUGUGCUGCACUUUUUAAUGUGGUAUACAUAACAAAAUGUGUCUAUGGAUGAACUUGGCAGUCGAAGGAGAUCAAGAGUGAAAGAGGCGCGAUACGAAAACAUAAGAAACAUGUUUUAGCAUCUUGAAAAAGGGUGGAGAAGGGAAACUCGUUAACAUAUAAGAAACAAUAUAUAUUUGUAAACUGUAUUUUUGAAAAAAUGUCUCUGUCCCAAAGCAAAGUAGAGGCCUAAUGGCUCUCACGGGUCUACCGUGGGUUCAAAUCUGUUUAGUAUGAUUGAUUCCCAUCACGUUAGACAUUUAAGGUUCAUUCUGGGCCUUUAUAGCGCUCUGGAUGGCAACAUCAUUCAUUAUGACACCUUAUGACAGUCAUCACCAUCACCAUCCAACAGGCUUAGAAGUCUCCAAAGCAUCAGUGUUACUAUGGUUACCUGGGAAACGGCAUUGUACAGUGUGGGGUUUUUUUUUUUUUUUUUUUUUUUUUUUUUUUUUCUGUCUGAAACUGGAUUGAUUUACUCAUCUUCCCUCCGCCAGAUGUAAGCCGUGAGUUCAGAGGUUGCUUGUUUCACCAGUUUUGAAGCGCCAUGCCCCAUGAGACACCACUCUGUGGACAGAAUGUACUGAGUUUCACCAAUCUGUUAUGCUCAAGAUUAGCAGUUUGACCUCAGUUUGAACUCCGUUAGGCCCGAAUGUGGUCGUCAUGCAUCCCGUGGGGGGAGGCGGAACCACUGAGAAAGAGAGAUGUAUAUCCCAGUGGGCAAUGUGAAGUACUGGCUUGGGCACGGAGAGAGAGAAACAGACACUUCUAAGCUGUGUAAAUAGCAUGUGGUUUUGAACGCGGGCCAGACGUGGAUUAAAACACAUUUAAAGAUGCAUCGGGUGUGAGUUUAGAGCGACAACUGGGGAGAUUAACUCAUUUUAUUGCUUUAAAUUUUCUUGCCGUUUUCCUUAUUUUGGUUUUGGCUCUUUUUGCUUCAGUUUCCAUAGUGCACUGCGGUUUUUGCUUUCAGGAAGUGCAGUUCAUACCCUACAAGCGUUAACUGGAAUGUGCAUCACAUUCUCGCUUUAUUUUACUUUUUGUUGCUUUUUUUUUUUUUCCUUUUACCCCUUCUGACCAUUUUGCACCUUGUUUUACUAAAGCCUCUCUGUUGUAGUCUCUGGUUCAGAGGGCCUGUUUGCUUUGGCAUGCGAGUUUGAGCCAAGCCUCUGUGACCUGUGAAAUCAUAUAUAAAUGGUUAUCUAACGGAAUUGCUUCUAGAUGUAUUACUAAUCAGUGUAAAUUCACAAAUAAACUAUUUUAAGAAGCAAACACUGCACUCAAAGUCUGUGGGGGACAGAACCAUGCUACAUUUCACUCCAUAUUUUUAACAUUUAUGCAUUUGUUUACAUCAUUCAUUGCAUUUCUCAGUUCUUCAUAUGCAACCAUUUCACAGUUAUGAAAUGCAAAUGUUAACGUCUAACUAAAUGGGAACAUUUGACUUCAAAGGUUAGUUUACCUAAAAAAAAAAAUCAUUUACUUGCUCCUCAUGCUGUUAAAAAAAACAGAUUUUGUUCUGUGGGACAUGAAAUGAGAGAUUUUGAAGAUGUUCACACUGCUCAUUUCAAUUAUUUUGUGUUUUCUUUUUUUGUGGGGGGCUAAUGAAUCACACUCAAAAUAUGAGUGUUUUGAAGCAAGGAGUGUUUGUAAACCCUCUAGUGUUCUUCUUUUUAAAAUGUUUUGACAUUUUAAAAAUCGCUACUACUUCAGAAUGGUACGAAACUCAAUGACUUCUAUGGCAGUUACUGUGUGACCACAAAAAAACAAAACAAAACUUGAUUCGAAAAAGUUAAUGUUUGUCAU